AUGAUCUGGGUUACAACUCAAUUUUCUCAGAUAUUAAUUAUACUUGGAAUAUGGCAUAUACUUAAUUGUUUAGGUAUAAUUAAUUUAGAAGGAAUAUCAUCAAGUUAUCCUAUUCAAUCUGUUUAUGGAUUAUCACCUGGUAGAAAACGUUAUUAUGAUGGUUAUAUAAGACCAUCAAAAAAAAAAUCUGGUACAAAAAGUUUAUCACGGAAUUUGCAAACUACUGAAAUUCCAUAUAAUAAUAAAACAUAUGAAGAGUUAUCAUUAAAAUAUCCGGGUCUAAAAUAUUGUGAAAGUGAUAAAGAUUGUACACGAUUUGGUUUAUGUAUUAAACAAGGUAAAAAUACAAAUGCUGUUGGUUUAUGUUAUUGUCCUAAUACCUGUCCAAAUUAUAUUAAUAAAAAUUGUGGUAAAAGUAAAAGUAAUACAUGUCCAGAAAUGAAUAAUUCAUAUAAAAAUAAAUUUAAAUUAUUACAACCAACAUGUAUUACUGGUUCAUGUGCAUGUCCACCAAAUUUUGAUGAUUUAGAAAAUAAUACAACAAGUUUAACAUGGCCAAAUAUUCCACCAAUACAAUGUGAUAAAAGAAAUUUAAAGGCAUAUAUUUCUAUUGAACCAAAUUCAUCAGUUCCAUCUGGUACACAAAUUACAAUUCAUUGUUGUAUUAAUAUUGACCCAUAUGAUGUUGUAUUAAAAGAUGGUGUUGUAUUUUUAACAAAAUCUGGUGAUGUUAUUUAUCCAAAAACAAAUCCAUAUGAAGAAAUGGAAAGAUUAGAAAAAGAAACUAUUCAAUCAAAUAAUGAUUUAUCUGAUUCUGAAAAAUAUUCAUUUCUUCAUGUACCACGUUGUUGGUCUCAUGUUAUAGAACAAGUUGAAACAACACAUAAUGGUGAAUAUCAUUGUAAUGUAACAUCAAAAGAUUUUUUAACACCUAUUCAAAGUAGUUCUAUAAAAUUACAAGUUAAAGUACCAAAUAAAUUUGAAAAUUUAACAAUAAUUUCAACAUCUCAUGAUGUUACUAUAUCUUGGUUAAUUGCUAAAGGAUCAACAUUAAGUGUUGAUUUACGUUUAAUUGAUAGAAAUGAUAAUAUUGAAAUUUGGUCAAUGAAAAAUUGUACAAGUCCACAACAAAUUAAAAAUUUAAAACCAGCUAGAAAUUAUCAACUAAAUAUAACAUUAACAGAAGAAGAUGAUGAUCCUUUUAAUUUUAAUCAAAGUUUUGAUACUAAAGAUGACAUACCAGAACCACCUACAACAGUAAAUAUUCAAACAAAUUUUUUACAAGAUGUAAGUCAUUGUGAAGUUGAAUGGAAAGAACCAAAAAUUUAUAAAGGACAAAUUAAGACAUAUUAUGCAUCCGUCAAAGGUAAAUUACGCUAUGAACCUAUAGAUGGAACACUAUCAAUAGAUCAUAUACCAGAUUCACCUCAAACAAUAUGUGUAAAUUCAAUGCCAUCUGAUUACGGUGAAGGUGGAGAUAAUAAAAGACAAAUUUCUCCACUUGAUUUUAAUGUUGUUAUAUCAUGUAAAUAUGGUCCAUUAAAACCAAAUAGAAAUUAUACAGUUACAUUAUGGGCAGAAAAUAAAGCUGGAAUAAGUAAACCUGUUACAUUUGAUCAAAUGUGUAUAACAAAUUAUGCUGAACCAGAAUUUAUUGAAAAACCUACAAUAAUACAAAAUUCUAUAAAAGAAGCAUCAUUUGGUAUUAGAUUUGGUAAACCACCUGAAGAAAAUAAUGGACCAAUAUCAUGUUAUUAUUUAGCAAUAUUACCAUUAUGGUUAAAUGUAUCAAUUAAUUCAUUACCAUUACCAAAUACAAUAAUUAUUGAUAGUUUUUCAAAAACAUUAAAAAAUAAUUUACAAACUGAUAAUGUUAAAUCAGGUAAAUUUUAUGCAUAUAUUGCUGAAAGUUAUUCAAAAUUGCCAAAAGAAACUAUUAUUGGUGAUGGUAAUACAACAUCACCUGGAAAUGAACCAUGUAAUGCUUCAUAUCAAUCUCAUUAUAAAGCAGAAGAUUCUGCCCUAAAAUCUGAUUUAAAAUAUACCGGUUUUUUAAUUGCUCGUGUUGAUCGUGAUCCUACAAUAAAUGAUUUAAAAGGUAGCAAAAGUUUUUCAAAACGACCUUCAAUGUACUCAUCAUCACAUUCUGGUCAGUCAAUUGAAUAUUUAAAAUUUUUUGAACCACAUGAAGUAUUACAUAGAGGAAAGAGGAAGAAUAAUUAUCAACAACAGAAAAAUAAUCAAAAGAAUGAAUAUAAAAUAACAAAUAAUAUUAUAUAUAAAGUUAGAGAUAAAGAUGACCACAAAUAUAAUUAUCCUAAACAUUCACUAUUAAGUCAAAUAUCUACAACAUACAUUUCACAUAUACCAUCUUCAUUUAAUAAACAACAAACUAUUGUCAAUAGUAGACCUCAAAAUAUCAAUAAAAAUAGUAUUUCCACAGCAGAAAAGUAUAGUGGUAAGAUGUCAUCUGUUACAACAUAUUCAUUUACCAAUACUACUCAUAUGUUACCUCCUCAUAUUGGUGAUAGUGGUGAAAUAAAAAAAAUUAACUUAAAUCAAAGUGGUGACAUUCAAUCAAAUAAUUUUUUAAGAUAUCGAUAUAAACGCUACCACAAAUUUAUUGAAAAUAGACGAUUAGUUAAGAAACAAAUUGUCCCAUCAUAUCCAAAAUAUAGUUAUAGUGGUUUUUUUAAACCAGUUGAAUUAAGAUCAGAAUCUAAAAUUAUUGUUGAAGAGUAUUCUUCUGACAAUACAACAUUUAUUAUUAUUUUUAUUAUUUUAUUAAUACUUUUAAUAUUUCUUGCAACCCUGUUUUUCUUUAAAAGAAAAGGAUUAUUUAAAGGGCUAUGCCCAACAAAAAAAGAGCAUAUUUUGCUGAAACCUGUAUAUCAACCAAUUUCAUUAAAUGAUCUUGUUCAGGAAUAUAUUCUUCGUCAUAGAGAUAGUGAUUUUAUAUUUACUCAAGAAUUUGAAAGUCUUCCACAUUUUAAAGAAUCAUCAACAGCAUGUUGUGAUUUAAAAGAAAAUAUUAAAAAAAAUAGAUAUCAUGAUGUUAAAGCUUUUGAUAGUACACGUGUUGUCUUAAAACGUAUUAAGAAGGAUCACUAUUCAGAUUAUAUAAAUGCUAAUUAUAUUAAGGGUUAUAAAGAAAAAAAGUUAUUUAUCGCAACUCAAGGUCCUAAUGAAGAGACAAUUGAUGAUCUUUGGCGUAUGAUAUGGGAACAAAAAUGUCAUAUAAUAGCAAUGGUAGCAAAUUUAACGGAAGGAUUUAGAAAAAAAGUUGAUAAAUAUUGGCCAGAAAAAGAUGAAAUAUUAGUUGUAUGUAAAGGUUGUUUUGAUGAUGAUAAUAAUGGUUUAGAAGUUAAACUUAUUAAUACAACAUCAUAUUCUGAUUAUAUUGUUAGAGAAUUUGAAGUUAAAUUAAAAAAGAAAAUUGAAGUUAUGGAUGAUGAUGAUAGUAUAGAUAAUAAUAAAACUAAUACAAAUGAAGGAAAAAAUGAAAGUGUUUAUUAUAAUAUUCCAACAACAAAUCUUACAAUGACACCAGAAUAUGCUAAUGUUAAAAGGCAUUCUAAUGGUAAACUUGCUAGUAUUUGUAUUGAUGAUUCAACAUUUAAAAAUAAUGAUAAUUAUGAAAUUCGAAAAAUUUAUCAAUAUCAUUUUACAAGUUGGGAUGAUUAUAAAGCACCUAAUGUUGCUACAGGAUUAUUACGUUUUGUUUUACAUCUUAGAAGUUUAGAAGAAUAUAAUACAUUUCCUGUUGUUGUUCAUUGUAGUGCUGGUGUUGGAAGAACAGGAACAUUUUUAGCUAUAGAUUAUAUAUUAGAUCAAAUGGAAGAAGAAGAAAAAAUUGAUGUUUUUAAUUGUGUAUCUGAAAUGAGACGUCAACGUAUGAUGAUGGUUCAAUGUUUAGAACAGUAUGUUUUUAUAUAUAGGGCAUUAGCUGAGUAUCAUUUAUUUGGAGUGACAGAUAUUGAUAAAAAUGAAUUUGAUAAUUAUUAUAAAAAUCUUUUAAAUACUAAAAGAAAUAUAUUAAAUAUAUCAAUUAAUAAUAUAAAAGAUAAAAUACCAAAUAUUAAUAAUAAAAAUUUAAUUGAUGGAGGAGUAAAUAAAAAUAAUGAAAUAACAAAAAAAAAUAAAAAUAAUUUAAAUUCAAAUAUGAUAAUUAAUGGUGUAUCAGUAGAUAUGGAUAGAAAUGGUAUUGAGGGAGAAUAUGAAAAUAUUUUUAUUAAUUUAGAUGUACAAAAAACAACAAUACAAGGUAAUAAAGAAGAAAAUAUAUCAAAAAAUAGAGAAAAAUAUGCAAUACCAUAUGAUAAUUCAAGAGUUAUAUUAACAAAUUUAAUGGGAUAUACAUUAACAUAUAUUAAUGCAACAAAAAUCAAAGGAAAUAAAAUACCUUUUAUAUUAUCACAAGAUCCAUUAGAUGAAGAAAAUUGUUUUGAUUUUUGGAGAAUGGUUAUAGAUUUAAAAAUAACACAAAUUGUUAUGUUAUCAAAUGAAUCACAAUAUGAUUUAAAAGAAAUAUAUUGGCCAAGAAAUAUUGGAUAUACAGAAACAUUUGGUAAUAAAGAUGAAUGUAAAGUAGAAUUAAAAACUGAAGAUUUAUUAAAUUCAUGGAAACAACGUAAAAUUUCUAUUGUUAUGUCUCAAGAUAUGGGUAAAAUAUCUCAUGAGGUAACUCAAUAUAUUUAUACUAAUUGGUUGGAAGAUGAUAUAAUUCCUAAAUCAACUAAAAUAACAGAUCUUGCAGAAACAAUUUUAGAUUACUCUUUAAAAACAUCUUCAGAACGAAUACCUAUACUAAUUCAUUGCAGAAAUGGAUCAACAAGAUCAGCAUUAUUUUGUGCAAUUUGUUUACUUAUAGAACGUUGUAGAAAUGAAGGUAAAGUAGACGUUUUUCAAACAGUGCGGCAAGUUGUAAUGAAUCGUCCAUUUACAUUUCAAAAUUUUAAACAAUAUGAAUUUUGUUACAAAUGUAUUUCAUCAUAUAUUAAUGACUAA